AUGCAAAGAAACAAUAAGCCCACUCGUAAGAAAAGCCUGACACCUCCAUCCUCUACCGAUGUUAAACUCCCAAAAAUACCAAAGAUAAAAAUGCCUGAGGAUUUCAAAAUUAGAACGCGGCCUCUAUUCUCUUUGCCAGAAGAAGUUUUAAAAUUGCCACCACCCCCUAAAAAGACUUCUAAAACUCAAGCUGGUAGAUCAGGUCCGCGGAGGAAUUCUAGUGUAAUGCAAAGUUUCACCGCGAUGCGGAAAGCGAGGGAGGACUUCAGAGCUAAGUUGAUUGGUCUUAUUUGUCAAUCGACACCGGGUGAAGAUGGCGACAAAGACGUGAUUCCAUCGGCAGAAGAAAAAAAUAUGCUUCGUUAUUAUUAUUACUUACGAUAUGGCAUCGAUACUAUUCACGUGGCCCCUCUGGAUAAUAAAAUAAUUUUGCGGGUGCAUAACUUGAUACCCUUGAAAUUGAAAAAAUGGAAAGAGACUUUAUUCACCUGUACGGAUGAAAUGCGCGAAGACUUCAUGAUGAGCAUGAAGAAAGCAAUCGUUGAUUUCGUCCUAAAGGACCCAAAUACGGAGGAAUCUUUAGAGGAAGAAGACACUCCGCUUAAACAAGAAUUGGCUAUGAAAGACGACGCUUGGCGGAAUCGUUAUGCGGUCGCCAAGAAAUACCUCACCAAGAACUUACAUAGCGUCAAUCCUUGUAUCGCCCAGGUUCUGCAAAUAUGGUGGAAACAGUUCAACGACCUCAGACUCAUUAGUAUGAAGGAUAUCAUGACUACGAACGAAGCCUACGAGCUGCAAGAUUUUUGUUUUGUGUGCAAGAGACACAUCGAGGCAGCCGGGAACGUUCUCACCCACCAAUGGAUACCGACUUUACAAGCAGUCUUCCUUCAAGGUAACAAAAAAAAGUUGAUAGCGGAUCCGAAGCAAGCCGCAAAAAUGAAGCGCUUCUACAGUUGCCUGGCUUGUAUCAUGACGUUCAAUCUGCAAACAUUGUGUCUCAAAUCUAUGAAGGAGUUUACUGAUUACAUCAUGGACGUCGGGGGCACGAACCAAGGUUUCGUGAUAAACCUGGCCUUUCAAAAUGACGCUAUAGAGUUCGAGCCAUCCUUCAAGCAGUUCCGUGAUCAACUUUGUCUUUUAUACGACUUUCUCAUAGACGCCUGUAGACAAUCACCUCGCUUGGAGACCAUGCUGUAUCAAGACUACGUUUGUAGUGGUCGAUCCACGUUAAAGCCCAUUAUAGAUAAUGAUUUAGUCGACGAUUACAAAGCGGAUGUUGCUGACUUGAUUAGCGAACAGAGAAUAGGACCCGAGCUGAGGGUCCAAGAUUUUGAUGACUACGUCUGUUUGCUAAAUGGGGAUGCUCUUUCUGAAGUAGAAGAAUUCAUAAAUUCACGUCCAGAAAAAACUUUCGAAGAAUAUUGUGAAGAAUCGGUGAAAUAUGUCGAAUUAGCUAAAGAGAUCCCUUCAAAACUGGAAGGGACAAUUGUAAUUGGCAUGUUCCGAAUGCAAAGAGGCGAUUUGAUCAAUUCUCUUAGAGGAGCUGCCACUAGGCUCUCCAACACGCUAUUGAGGAGAAUGACUGAGGAUUAUCAAAAUAUGAUAAAAGCCAUUUUCGACGAGUAUUCUUCAAUAGCCAACACGUUACUCACACCGCCCACAGACACGGCUGCAUUAAUGGAACUUAUUGCGUAUUGCAAGAAAGUCGAAGAUUUGAUUCUUGCAGAGAUGGAGGAUAAAUUACGUAACGUGAUGAGAUACAUAAUGUUUCUGGGCGACUAUACUACUUUCACGCCUUUAGAGAUGAAAGCCAAUAAUCAAUCUUACCAUUGGUACUCUCGCAUGCCUUCAAUUAUAGAGGAAUGUAAAAUAAUAUGCGAUCAAAAGAAGAUCGAGUAUCAAGAGCUGUUGAAGGUGCGCAUUGCGAAGUUUAUCGACGAUUUGGUUAUUUACGAGACUCAAUGCAACGAAUUACAAUAUUGGGGUGAUAUCAAUGAACUACCCAAAUACGUUACACGCGCAAGGCAUUUAGAUGAAAAACUAGCACUGGCACUGGUUAAGAUAGAUCAGUUUAAUGAAGAAGAAACAUCAUUUGGUUGGGAGCUAUCGCAAUAUCCAAAGCGCAAAGCAAUCUAUGACAGAUUGGUGCCAUUUAAGAAGCUAUAUGACGCUGGAUUUGAAUUUUUGGAGAAACACAAUAAUUGGAUGAAAUCAAGGGUUGGCAGCUAUGAUCCAGAGGAUAUAGAAGGCGAUGUUGGAUACUUCUAUAAAAUAGUUUACAAAUUGGAAAAAUCCUUCCAAGAUGUUCCAGAAACUUAUCGUCUUGCCGCGUCUGUGAGAGAAAAGAUGGACAGUUUCAAAACAAAUCUACCUAUUAUACAAACUUUGGGUAACCCUGGUAUGAAGCCCAGGCACUGGGAGAAGAUAUCCGACAUCGUUGGCUUCCCAAUAGUAGUCGACGAUGAAUUAUCUUUAGAAAAAGUUAUAGAUUUCAAUCUUGUUGACUAUAUCGAGAAAUUCGAGACUAUAUCUGAAGCAGCCACUAAAGAAAAUAAUCUGGAAAAAGCACUGGAUAAGAUGAUGAAGGAAUGGGCUGACUUGAAGUUCGAUAUUCUUCCUUACAAAGAUACGGGAACUUAUAUUUUGUCAAGCGUAGAUGAAAUACAACUGCUUCUGGACGAUCACAUCGUGAAGACUCAGACAAUGAAGAACUCUCCAUACAUAAAGCCGUUUGAAGACAUUAUUUACGACUGGGAAGGGAAACUCGUUUUGCUUCAAGAGAUUUUGGACGAAUGGUUAAAAGUUCAAGCGACGUGGAUGUAUCUGGAACCUAUAUUCUCAUCACCUGAUAUACAACAACAAAUACCCGAGGAAGGAAGACGAUUCAGCGCCGUUGAUAAGAUGUGGCGUGAAAUAAUGAAAGCAGCAUCCACCGAGCCGAGAGUACUGGAUGUGAUCAUGAUAGAGAAGAUGUUGGACCGCCUGAAGAAGUCGAACAGCUUGUUGGAGAUGGUGCAAAGAGGACUUAACGCGUAUUUGGAGAAGAAGCGUUUGUACUUCCCGCGAUUCUUCUUCCUGUCCAACGACGAGCUGCUCGAGAUACUCUCGGAAACGAAAGAUCCUAUGCGAGUACAACCACACCUGAAGAAAUGCUUCGAGGGCAUAGCCAAGUUGACGUUCACCGAGGACAUGGUGGUGACCCACAUGAAGUCGUCGGAGGGCGAGAUAGUGCCGCUCACGGUCACCAUCAACACAGCGGCGGCGCGAGGGCAGGUGGAGAAAUGGUUGCUGGAAUUGGAGAAAGCUAUGAAAUCGUCUGUGCAUCACGUUGUCGCGCUCUCGUAUGACGACUAUUCCCAGGAGCCGCGCGAGAACUGGGUGCUGGUGUGGCCCGGGCAGGCGGUCCAAUGUAUAGCGAUGACUUUCUGGACGUCGGAGGUAACCGAAGCCAUCCACAUCAACAUACCGGCCAUGAGGGCUUAUUGGAAUAAAUGCAAUCACCAGAUAUCGAAGAUAGUCGAUUUAGUUCGAGGUGAAUUGAGUUUGCAAAACAGGAUCACGUUAGGUGCGUUGGUUGUGCUAGACGUGCACGCCAGAGACGUGCUGAUGUUGUUGAUUGAAUGUAAGGUGCAACAAGAUAACGAUUUCAAUUGGCUCUCUCAGAUAAGAUAUUAUUGGGAGGUGCAAGACGAUAACACAAUGCAAGUGGCAACACGCAUGAUCAACUCCCAGCUGAUGUACGGGUACGAGUACCUCGGCAACACGGGCCGGCUGGUCGUGACGCCGCUCACGGAUCGGUGCUUCAGGACUCUGUUCGGAGCUUUACAUCUCAACUUGGGUGGAGCACCCGAGGGUCCCGCCGGUACAGGCAAAACUGAAACUACCAAAGACCUGGCCAAGGCUGUGGCGAAACAGUGUGUAGUCUUCAACUGUUCUGACGGACUCGACUAUAUUGCCCUCGGGAAAUUCUUUAAGGGUUUGGCUUCAUGCGGGGCGUGGUCUUGCUUCGACGAGUUCAACCGUAUCGACUUGGAAGUGUUGUCUGUGGUCGCACAGCAAAUCCUCUCCAUCCAGCGCGGCAUCAACUCCGGCUCCACCGAACUUCUCUUCGAAGGAACGCUUCUGCAGUUGGACAAGAGCUGUGCUGUUUUCAUUACGAUGAAUCCAGGCUAUGCCGGUCGAUCGGAACUACCGGAUAAUCUGAAGGCGUUGUUCCGUUCUGUAGCGAUGAUGGUUCCAGAUUACGUACUGAUAUCCGAGAUCGAACUGUACGCGUUUGGUUACCUGAACGCGAAGCCGCUCGCUGUGAAGAUAGUUGCCACGUACAGACUGUGCUCGGAGCAGCUCUCCUCGCAGAGCCACUACGAUUAUGGUAUGCGUGCCGUGAAAUCAGUACUCCGUGCAGCUGGAGCUUUGAAAUUACGCUAUCCCGAUGAAAAUGAGGACGUCAUAUUACUGCGUUCGAUUAAAGACGUUAAUUUACCGAAGUUUCUGGAACACGAUGUUCCAUUGUUCAUGGGUAUCAUCGGCGACUUGUUCCCUGGUCUACCGUUACCGGAGGCGGGCCUGCCACAUUUAGUUUUAUGUCUAAAAGAAGUUUGUGGGCCACUCAAUUUACAAGCCACUGAUUCCUUUGUAGAAAAGGUGUUGCAGUUAUACGAAAUGAUCCUGGUUCGCCACGGACUGAUGUUGGUCGGGUUUCCGUUUUCUGGUAAAACGAAAUGCUACCACGCCCUGGGUCAUGCCCUGGGACUAGUUGCCGAAAAGGGUCUUAUGGAUGAAAACGCAGUAGAAUGGACGGUUAUUAACCCGAAGUCUAUAACAAUGGGACAGUUGUACGGUCAGUUCGAUCCGGUCUCACACGAAUGGUCGGAUGGGAUUCUUGCCGUCAGCUACAGAGCUUUUGCUGUCUCCCCAAAUAACAAUAGGAAGUGGUUAGUAUUCGAUGGGCCAGUGGAUGCUAUUUGGAUAGAGAAUCUAAACACCGUGUUGGAUGAUAACAAAAAGCUUUGCCUCAUGAGCGGGGAAAUAAUUCAAUUAGCUCCUACAACCAAUCUUGUAUUCGAACCGAUGGAUUUAGAAGCAGCAUCUCCUGCAACGGUAUCACGUUGCGGUAUGAUCUACCUGGAACCGAAAGGUCUCGGCUGGAAAUGUUUGCUCGAAUCAUGGUUAAACACUUUACCGCCCACUCUACAUAAAGUCAAUAAGAAUCUUAUCAGGAAUCUGUUUAAUAGGUUUAUGUCCCCCUUGUUGUGGCUCAUUGAAUAUUCUGGAAAGGCAAAGCAAAUGUAUGUAACGUCGCGGAGCAACCUAGUCGUGGCGUGCAUGAACCUUUUUGACACGUUCAUGGACGAUUUUUACGAUGAGAAAUAUGUGGAACAGAUAUCGGAUUUGGAUAUUCGUGCUCAAUUAGAGGGAGUAUUCUUCUUUUCUUGUAUUUGGUCAAUCGGAGCAACUCUAGAGAGUGACAGUCGAUCUAAAUUCGACAUUCUCUUCCGUGGAUUAUUAGAAAAGGAAUUUCCUGAAAAGGUAAUAGAGUUGCUGGGCUACCCACGUGAAAUAGCAAAACCAGAAAAGCAAUAUAUAUUCACAAUCCCGAAGGAAGGUCUGGUAUACGACUAUCGAUUUAUCAAGGAGGGCAAAGGGAAAUGGAAGCCAUGGCAAGAUGACGUGAUAUCAGCGCCUCCCAUAAGCCGUGAUACACCUCCUAAUCAAAUCUUAGUGACGACUCUUGACAGUGUCCGUUAUUUGGCACUGUUCAAUCUGCUCGUGACGCACCAUAAAGCCGUGAUGAUGGUAGGCCCCACUGGCACUGGGAAGUCAUCUUACAUCAUAGAUUUUCUCGUCAAACGGGUGGACACGAAAAUCUACAAAGCUCUUAUAAUGGCCUUUUCGGCACAAACUAAUUGCAAUCAAACUCAAGAUAUCAUUAUGGGGAAAUUGGAUAAAAGACGAAAAGGAGUAUACGGACCGCCGAUUGGUUGUUACUGCGUGGUGUUCGUAGAUGACGUGAGUAUGCCUCAGGCUGAGACGUAUGGAGCUCAGCCUCCUAUUGAGGUGCUGCGACAGGGCAUUGAUCUAGGGCUCUGGUACGAUCGGAAAACUAACUUUGCGUUGCAUCUAACUGACGUUCAGUUUAUGUGCGCCAUGGGAAAACCUACUCCUGGAGCUAAAUUAGUAACACCAAGAUUCUCCAGACAUUUCUCAUUCUUUUGUAUCGACGAAUUCGACGAUGAGACUUUGAAAGUCAUAUUUGGCAGAAUUAUGCUUUGGCAUCUCGACACUAGGGGUUUUUCUAAAGACUUCGAUCCUUGUAUAGAUGAAAUAGUCGGAGGGACCUUAGAAGUAUACAAGCAGUGUAGACUGAAUCUAUUGCCGACGCCUUCCAAAUCGCAUUACACUUUCAACUUGAGAGACUUUUCAAGGGUGAUCUUGGGUGUUUUACUAUCGGUACCUGAAGUGACCCCGGAUCUUCAGUCUAUAAAGAGGCUUUGGGUCCACGAGUGCUUGCGUGUAUUCUCUGAUCGAUUAGUGGAGGAUCGCGACCGACAGUGGCUGGUCGGAUGUCUCAGGGAAGCGACAGCCUCACAUCUCAAUGAUAAUUUCGAUAAAAUGCUGUCAAGAUUGCUCGAGGAUUCAAAAGAUAAGAAGAUUACUGAUCUUCAUCUUCGCAGUUUGGUUUAUUGCGAUUUCGCAAAUCCUAAAGCCGAUACACGUUUUUAUAUGGAAACAUUGAACAUGGACCAUCUUAAUUCGACGGUUGAUGCAUAUCUCGUCGAAUUUAACAAUAUGUCGAAGAAGCCAAUGAAUUUGGUUCUGUUUAGGUUCGCCAUUGAGCAUGUAUCUCGAAUUUGUCGGGUGCUGACUCAGCCGCGCUCCCACGCGCUACUGGUGGGGCUCGGAGGGUCGGGCAGGCAGUCCCUGACGAGAUUGGCUGCACAUAUCAAUGAGUACGACCUCUUCCAGGUGGAAAUGAGUCGUACUUAUGGCAAAACUGAGUGGAGAGAAGACUUAAAAACCCUGUUAAGGAAAUCGAGUACUCCAGAAUUACAUAUGGUCUUCCUUUUCAUCGAGUCUCAGAUUAAGGAAGAAGGAUUCUUAGAAGAUGUUAAUAAUAUGUUGAAUUCAGGAGAAGUACCAAACAUAUUUGGAGCUGACGAAAAAGCAGAAUUGUGUGAAAAGAUGCGUGUGAUCGAUCGGCAAAGAGACAAGUCUCUACAGACCGACGGUAGCCCGACUGCAUUGUACGCGUACUUUGUGUCAAUAGUUCGGGAUCAACUCCACAUCGUGCUCGCGAUGUCGCCCGCUGGCACGUCGCUGAGGACGCGGAUCCGGAAGUUCCCGUCUCUCGUUAACUGCUGUACUAUUGACUGGUUUCAGGAAUGGCCCCCAGAUGCGCUACUAGCUGUGGCAACCCGUUUCCUAAAAGACGUGGAGCUGACCGACUUGGAACGCGACACCGCCAUUAAAUUAUGUCAAGUGUUCCACACAGACACGCAGGAACUAUCUCGACAGUUCCUGCUCCGCCUAAAGAGAUACAACUAUGUGACCCCCACCGCGUACUUAGAACUGAUCAAUAUGUUCAAGUCGUUGCUUAGUAAAAAACGAACAGAGCUCCUUACUAGUGAAAAGCGGUACAUAACCGGAUUAGAUCAGCUUGCGAUAGCAGCAAAGUCAGUGGCGGCACUGCAGCAAGCACUGGAAGUGCUACAACCGAAGCUGGCUGCUGGUGCGGCGGCAGUAGCUGAAACCACUGCUAAAGUGGAGAAAGAAAAAGAAGGAGUAGCGCUUGUAGAAGCAGAAGUUUUAGCAGACCAGGCUGCUGCUGAAGAACAAGCCAAAGAAGCUCAAGGUAUAAAAGACGAGUGCGAUGCAGACUUGGCUGAAGCAAUGCCAAUUCUGAAUGUGGCUCUAGCUGCACUAGAUACCUUGACUCCACAAGAUAUCACCUUCAUUAAGACGAUGAAAAGUCCACCUAGAGGCAUAAAGCUUGUGAUGGAAGCUAUCUGUAUACUAAAGGAUGAUCCGGAAGUUAAGCCCGAUAAAAUACCCAACCCAUCUGGCGUCGGCACCAUAGAGGAUUACUGGGGACCUUCUAAAAAGUUACUCAACGACAUCAAAUUUCUUGAAUCAUUGCAAAACUAUGAUAAAGAUAACAUAAAUCCUGCGGUUAUGAAAAAGUUGAUGACGACCGUGAUGCAGGACGACGGGUUCGUCCCUGAGAAGAUAAGGGCUGUUUCCGUUGCGGCUGAAGGUAUGUGUAAAUGGGUGAUUGCAAUGACGAAAUAUGACAAAGUUGCAAAAGUCGUAGCACCUAAAAAACAAAGACUUGCUGCAGCACAAGCUGUUUAUGACAAAGCUAUGGCAGCUUUAGCUAUCAAACAAGCGCAAUUGAAAGAGGUACAAAAUAAACUGGCCAAGCUAGAAGAUGCAUUAGCACAGCAAAGCCGUCAGCAAAAGUUGUUGGACGACGAAGUAAUGGAUUGCAGUAACAAACUGAAACGAGCCGAGAUGCUUAUUUCGGGUCUUGGUGGGGAAAAGACUCGAUGGACACAAAUCGCACAGUCUCUUCGGGAAACUUAUAAUUCACUUACAGGUGAUAUAUUGAUAGCUGCUGGAAUAAUUGCUUACCUCGGGCCAUUCACUGCUACGUUUAGAAACGGACAGGUGAAGAAAUGGGCCCAAGCAUGUCACAACUGUGGCAUUGUGUGCACACUGAACUAUAGUCUUAUCAAAUCUCUUGGUGAACCUGUUACUAUACAACAGUGGAAUAUUGAUGGUUUGCCUUCUGAUGACUUCAGUGUUGAGAGUGCCAUCAUUAUAAUGACUGCUCGCCGUUGGCCCUUGAUGAUCGACCCACAAGGCCAAGCCAACCGUUGGAUCAAAAAUAUGGAGAAACCUAAUAAUCUUUGCGUCGUGCGAAUGACACAAGCCGAUCUUGGACGUGUUUUAGAAAAUGCGGUGCAAUUCGGACAACCGGUUUUGUUGGAGAAUGUUCUGGAAGAAUUAGAUCCAAUGCUUGAACCUCUCUUACAACAGCAGACGUUUAGACAAGGAGGUGCACUUUGUAUCAAAAUCGGCGAUACUAUCGUGGAGUAUAGUAAAGAUUUUAAAUUAUAUAUAAGUACGAAGCUAGCCAAUCCGCAUUAUCUGCCAGAAGUAGGUGUUCGAGUUACUUUAGUUAACUUUAUGUUGGCAAAAGACGGCUUGCAAGCUCAGUUACUCGCCCGCGUGGUGGCUAGAGAGAGACCGGACUUGCAGCAAGCUAAAUCAGACCUCACAACUCAAGGCGCCGAACACAGAAGACUGUUGCAGGAAAUAGAGAAGAAGAUUUUGAAUGUGUUGUCCACGUCAGAACAUUUAUUAGAAGACGAAGAAGCUGUUCAGAUUUUGAAUUCAGCGAAAGACACAUCGAACGAAAUCAAAGAGAAGCAGGAGGUAGCGACGGUGACGGAGAAAGCCAUAGACACAGCUCGAGACGACUACGUUCCCAUCGCUGUGCAUUCUACUAACCUGUUCUUCCUUAUAGCGUCUCUCGCGAACAUCGACCCGAUGUAUCAGUACUCGUUGGGAUGGUUCGAGGGACUGUUCACGGGCGCUAUAGACAACACUGAGAAGGUUGACGACAUACCGGAGAGGCUCGGCAUAUUGCGCGCCUUUUUCACAUAUUCACUUUACGCAAACAUAUGCAGGAGUCUAUUUGAAAAGGAUAAGUUAGUAUUUUCACUGUUACUAACGAUAACGAUAAUGGUGGCGGAAGGUCGUUUGGACCAAAAUUCGGUGCUGUUCUUAAUGGGGGGCGCUCAACCUCGGAACGUACCACCAAAGCCGGUCGCUUUCCUCUCUCCGCAGAAUUGGACUGAAUUUAAUGGGUUGAAUGAACUAGACGUUUUUCGUGGUAUUUUGGAUCAUUUUAUGCAAAAUAUACCUGUCUGGGAGACGUACUGUAGUUCCGGCGACCCGCACAACCAACCACUGCCGGACCCUUGGGACGCCAAGCUCAGCAAGUUUGAGAAAAUGAUGGUCCUUCGUUGUAUGCGUUUAGACAUGAUGGUUCCAGCAGUGCAGAAUUUUGUCGAAGGCGAGAUGGGUCGCCAGUUCGUGGAGCCUCCCCUGUUCGACUUGCCUUCGUCGUACGCGGACUCCCACUGCUGCAUACCCCUCCUCUUCGUACUGACCCCGGGCUCGGAUCCAAUGGGGACACUCUUGAAAUUUGCUGAUGACCAAGGUUUUGGGUCUUCUAGAUUGUUUUCGUUAUCUCUGGGUCAAGGUCAGGGUCCAAUAGCCGUGAGGUUGAUCGAAGAAGGCGUCCGCAGCGGGACGUGGGUAGUACUGCAGAACUGUCAUUUGGCCAAAAGUUGGAUGCCAAUGCUUGAAAAGAUAUGUGAAGGUUUCACUCCAGAUUCGACGCAUCCAGACUUCAGACUGUGGCUGACGUCAUACCCCGCUGAUCAUUUUCCUGUUUACGUGCUGCAGAAUGGGGUGAAAAUGACCAAUGAACCACCUCAAGGUCUCAGGGCGAACGUAGCUCGGUCUUACCAAAGCGAUCCGAUCAAUGACCCGGAAUGGUUCGAGGGCAACAAGCAACCGGAGAACUUCAAGAAGCUGCUCUUCGCGUUGUGCUUCUUCCACGCCGUGGUACAGGAGCGGAGGCAGUUCGGGCCCCUGGGCUGGAACAUACGAUACGAAUUCAAUGAAACCGAUCUUAGGAUAAGUGUCACACAGCUAUACAUGUUCCUCAAUGAAUACGAGGACGUUCAAUUCGUGGCGUUGCGUUAUUUAACCGGAGAGUGUAACUACGGAGGGAGGGUCACAGAUGACUGGGACAGACGUUGUCUCAAUACUAUAUUGUCCAAGUUUUACAAUCCUCUGGCUAUUGGUGAUGAAAAAUACCCAUUGGAUCCUAGCGGCGUAUAUUACAUACCGAACCUCCGCGAGCACGGUGAUUUCAUUACGUUCGCCAAGUCGCUGCCCGUGGCGACGCCGCCCGGCGUCUUCGGUUUCCAUCCCAACGCCGACAUCACCAAGCACUUUAGGGAAGCCGAGGAAUUACUAAACACGGCCAUACUCACGCAGGAUCGUUUGGAUCUACUCAAACAACAUUUGGACACAAUGUCGGCCGGAGGCGGUGGAGCGACACCAGAGCAACAAGCGAUGGCGAUAGCCGAAGAUAUUUUGGCUCGGCUUCCCAACAAGAUCCUCACAGGACCGUCCCACGAGGGGGACAUAAAGCCAGCGGACAUGACCCCCAUGUCUAUAGUCGUCAUACAGGAGGCUGCGAGAUAUGAGAGGCUUGUCAACGUGGUGAGGUCUAGUGCCAGGGCCGUUAUUGGCGCUGUACAAGGCGUGAGCGUACUGACGGACGUGACAGAAGAAGUGCUAACGAGCAUGGUCCGCGGCCGCAUCCCCGCUCUGUGGGCCGGUAAGAGCUAUCCCUCGCUCAAACCACUCGCUUCGUACUUCAAUGAUCUACUGGCCAGGCUCGAGUUCCUGCAGCAUUGGCAUCAGCACGGCCCACCGGUCGUGUUCUGGUUGUCCGGCUUCUAUUUCCCGCAAGCCUUCCUGACGGCCGCCCAGCAGAGCUACGCACGGAAAUAUAAGAUACCCAUCGAUCAACUCGCUUUUCAUUACGCGGUUCAGAAUACAUUCACGUUGGAGGAGCCGCCCGAAGAAGGAGUGUAUAUUCGCGGGCUGUUCAUGGAAGGCGCCAGGUGGAACAUGGAGGAUUAUUACAUUGACGAAUCGUAUCCCAAAGUGCUUUACGACGAUUUCCCACCGGUAUGGUUGAUCCCGUUAAAACGCGAGGAUAUACCGGAGGACGUGUUCUACAACUGUCCCCUGUACAAGACGGGGGACCGGCGGGGGGUUCUGUCCACGACGGGACAUUCCACCAACUACAUACUGUUCAUGAGACUACCCACUGCCAAGGAACCGGACCACUGGAUCAUGAGAGGAGUAGCUCUUCUAACUCAAUUGCCGUUCUAGACAACGAUCUAGAGAAAAAAUUACCAAUUCACA